AUGUUUGGAAAGUUGACCCGUUACCUCCAGGGCUCGCCUGAAGCCGUAGAGUCAUUCAAGAAACCACGCCGUUCAGAGCGGCUCUCUCACAAAUCCGACUCCGUCGAACCGCACAAGACCCCGAUUUCGAAUAAGCACCAGCUGCCCUCACCCCUGACGGCUUUAACUACCGACGAGUCGAGUGGGCUGUUCAAGGAAGCUACUGCGACACCGCCGGAAGGCCGGCCGAGCCAAGUUCCUCAUCGGACCAUUGAAGACACCUUCUCUCAGGCCCAGGUGCUCUCGUCCCCGCCUCAAGACACACAGGCAUUCCCAAGCCAGUACGUCGAUCCGAAUGCCGCGCUGUCGGAGGAGGUAGAGGAUGAGGUUAAAGAAGGGGUAUGGGGUUACCUCUUCCCUCUCGAUACUCGGUACGGCGGCCGUUGCCUGGUGAUGAAGAAAAGGGGCUCCUGCCCCCUCACCCGCCCAUCCGCAGGUGCAGACUCGUGCGAGCCAAAGAAAAAGGGGAAGAAGUCUGCUGCACAGGACGAGGAUACCAAGGUCAACGGUCAGGCCGGUGGCUAUUUGAUAGGACGGCACCCCGAGUGUGACAUCGUUGUCGAUGACCCCAUAGUCUCCAACCGGCAUUGCCUGUUCUUCACUGAGAAUAAAGGGAAAGACACAGUAGCUAUCGUCGAGGAUCUGUCAAGCAACGGGACCUUUGUCAACGAAGCAAUGGUUGGUCGGAACCAGCGGAGAGAGCUCCAAGAACAGGACGAGAUCGCCGUUUUGGAUAAGGCUCGCUUUAUUUUCAGAUACCCAAAGAGCCGCUCAACAAGUGCUUUCUUACAACAAUACACCCCUCUUGAGAAACUCGGCAAGGGUCACUUCGCCGAGGUUUACCUCUGUGUCGAGAAGUCUACCGGCCAACGCUACGCCGUCAAGAUCUUCACCAAGACGCCGGGAAUGGAGGAAAGAUCCAAGAACGAGGGACUCCAACAAGAGAUUGCCGUUCUUAUGGGCGUCAGCCACCCGAACGUUCUUUGCCUCAAGGAUACGUUCAACGAACCCGACGCGGUCUACGUUGUCUUAGAGCUCGCACCCGAAGGCGAGCUAUUCAACCAUAUCGUAAUGAAGCAGAAGCUCUCCGAGGCCGAGGCCAGAAAGCUCUUCCUACAGCUCUUUCACGGCAUCAAAUACCUGCAUGAUCGUAACAUCGUCCAUCGAGAUAUCAAGCCAGAGAACAUCCUGCUCGUGGAUAAAGAGGCCAACGUCAAACUUGCCGACUUCGGCCUGGCGAAGAUCAUUGGAGAGGAAUCAUUUACCACCACACUCUGCGGAACGCCCAGCUACGUCGCGCCGGAGAUCUUGGCGGAUAGUAAACACCGCAAGUACACCAAAGCCGUCGAUGUCUGGUCUCUCGGAGUGGUGCUGUAUAUCUGCCUGUGUGGCUUCCCGCCUUUCUCGGACGAGCUCUACUCCAAGGAGUUCCCGUACACAUUAUCACAACAGAUCAAGAGCGGACGCUUUGACUACCCAUCUCCAUACUGGGAUUCCGUGGGAGAUCCAGCCCUUGAUCUCAUCGACUCCAUGCUCGUGGUCGACCCGGACAAGCGGUUCACCGUCGACCAGUGCCUCAGCCACCCGUGGAUAACGGCAAACAUGCCAAACCCCAACGACAGCACAAACGGCCUCGUGAGCGGCCUCGCAGGGCUGGAGGUCAACCGGCGCGGGAUUGCGCGGGAGCGGACGCUCCUCGCGUCCAUCAACACGGUGCAGGUGACGAACCGCGUGCCCAUGGGCGAGAACAAGCCCGACCUCAAGAUCUAUUCCAAGAACCCCAACCCGUCGAGCAACAAGCCGCCGCAGCCCCCCGCCGGACCCAGAAAGGAGCCCGAUCCGGCCGACCGGAGGGACGCCCGCGAGUUCGUCGAGAUGGGCGGCAAGGGGGACCAGGAGCUGUUCGGCUACGACGGCGGCAGCCGCUACUCCAAGAACGACAUUGGCUCCACGGCGGUGACCAAGGGGAAGGGGAAGGGCAAGGGGAAGGCGAAGGGGCGGUGA